GGUGCACAAGUUAUAAAGUUGGGAAACUAAACCCAUCAUCAUCACGUGCACCCUCUUUCGCCGGCGUUGCUUUUGUUUGCUACGGAGACUUGCCAGUUGCCACCUCUUUUUGUACAAAAAAAUAUUUAUAACAUGAGCCUGUCACAGAAAAGAAAAAGACCAGAAUCUAACCCAGCCAGUGGUCUAGCUGAAUCUGACCAGCAAGUGGUACUCAAUUUUAUCAAAAGCAAAGGCGAAGACGCGACCACGAAAGGUAACAUAAAUAAAGAAACAAAGGUGCCAACCCAAAUUGUUACCAAGUGCAUCGACAACCUCCUAGCUUUGUCACUGAUCAAAAAAAUACCACAUGCCCAUUUCAAAGGGGACUACUACAUUGCAACGGAAUUCAAGCCUUCAAACGCUGUCAGCGGUGGUGAAUGGUAUCUCGAUGGUAAACUUGAUACACAAUUCAUCAAUGAACUCAAAAAUGCAUGUUUACAUAUUGUUAAAAGCCUGAAAGUGGCAACAGCUGAGGGAGUUCAUGAAGUUUUCGAGAAACGUAGGCUGACGAAUGUAGAGUGCACAAGCCAGCAAAUAAGUGAGAUAUUAGGUAGUAUGGUUCUUGAAAAUUUGAUUAUUGAGGUUAAGAGCAGUGGGCAUGGGGAGUAUCAUUCGAUCCCGGUUGGAAACGUGUGUUAUAGGUGUCCUGUAGGAAAUCUUAAGCGGGGUCCGGACAGAGGGGCGAUGGCUUCGAUUCCUUGUGGCGUUUGCCCCCGGAUCAGAGAGUGCACACCUGAUGGGCUUAUAUCUCCAACUACUUGUGUUUACUACACUAAAUGGUUGGAUUUUUGAUAUAAACUAUGCUCUCAGUUAUCAUUUAUAUUACUGUUUUUUACAUUCUUAGGAAUUUGACCUUUAUUAAUGAGGAGCAUGGAUGGCUUUUAACCAUAACAGAAAGUUAUUUGCGCGUGUGUUAUCAAAUGAUAUUGUAAUUGUUUUUUUU